AUGGGCUGCUGCCAGAGUUUGCCAUCGGUCACAGUGGAUGUGCCGCGGGAUGUGAGCACCACCGACCGCCAGAUCUUCCGCCAGCAAUCCUUUAUCGACGGCUGCAAGUUGCUGCCAUUCACGGCCGCGUGCCCGGCGUCCUAUCCCUAUGAGUGGCAGACCCUGAUCGCCUCCGGCCCAGGGUAUCUCUUCGUCGCGGCCUUCGAGGGCGUCAACGGGGCGGCGGCGGCGCGCCACUGCCGCGACAACGCGCACCGCAAGCUGCAGGCGGCGCUGCGGGGCGGGCUGGACCCGGAGGCGGCGCUGUGGGCGAUGUGGGGGGAGCUGGACAGCAGCUUCCUGGCGGGACGGGAGCCGGACGUGGUCAAGGCCUCCGUGGGCGCCACCGGUGUCGCGGUGUACCUGGACACGCGCAGCGGCCUCUGCUACUCGUCGCGCCUGGGCAGCCCCGGGUCCUUUUUGGCGCGCUCCAGGGGGGCCUUCAGCAGCGUGCGCGUCGAGGUGGUGCCCCUGGCAACAACCGACCCGCAGAGUGCCACCUACUCGGAGAUGGUGCGGCGGCAGCAGGCGGCCGCACGUGGCGCAGCGCCGCGCGGCCCGGACCAGCAGCCGCAGCAGCAGCGGGCGCGGCGUGAGCAGGGGCAGGACGAGGCCGCGGCCUGGCAGGCGUACGCGCUGCCGGAUGAGCUGCAGCCGGGGUCGGCGGGCCGCGCGGUGCCGACGCAGGUCGUCGGCUGCGGGUACGGAAAGAGUGCGCGGCUUCUGGCGGUCUGGAUUAAGGAGCGGCGGGCGGCACGGGGGCCCGGUGCGGUGCCGGAUGCGCUGCCCCAGGUGCCCUUCCUUUCCUCAGACUGCGAGGUCACUGUCGAGCGCCUGUCGCCCUCUGACGAGAUGCUGGUGCUGCCCAGCCGCGCCCUGGGGCAGCUGGUCUCACCCCAGGAGGCCGCGCUGGCGGCACACACCUUUGGCGCGACGCAGCUCGCGGCCCUCAGGGAGGCCUUCGUCCAGGAGGCUGGCCCUGACGGGGCGGCGCACGCGCCAGGCGCGGUGCCCAGCGACGCGCGCCUGCGGGAGGGCAACGUCGCGUCUGCUGUGGUGCACCGCGCUGUGGAGAAAGCAGUGGCAGCCCACAACCGCGCCUACAGACGGCAGCUCGAUGCCGCAGUGCUCAAGGCGCUGCCCCUGGCGAUUGACCUGCCCUCCCUGGCGCCUGCCGGGGGCGCUGCGGGGGCGACGCCGGUGCUGCCGGCGUGGUGCUCCUCUGGCGGCCUGUCCAAGGGGGACGUGCUGGGGGGAGACCUGGGGUUGCUGCUGGUCUGCCUGGACUGGCCGGGGUGA